AUGGCUCAAUUGAACAUACCACUUCGUAUAAUUGCUCAACCUAAAGCAUUAUAUCGUGAAAGAUAUUCAUGUGAAAUAGAUCAGAGUCGUAAGCAAUCACCGCGUUUUAUUCGUGCUGAAACUAAUCCAUCUCGAUUGGAAUAUCCAACAAUCGAAAUACCACAACAAUGGGAUAGUCAAGGGUUAUAUAUUCGUGUAACUUUAGUAACUGUAUGUAGUAAAGAAGUUCCUGUUAGAUACAUACAUCCUUAUUCAAUUGAUACUCCACAAUCAAAUGUUAUUAAAGAUGUAAAAAGAAAUACACUUUAUUUUCCAAUAUCAAAACAAGAAUUAAAUGAUGGUUGUAAAAGUUUUUGCAUUAUUCGGAAAAAGUUAACCCAAGUGGAGUUAAAAGAUUACGGACAAUUAUCUCUUUUGAAUACAGAUGAAAUAGGUCUUCUACAUAUAGAUGAUUCACGUGAUCCUCGAAAAAUAAUUGAUGUUUAUCAGUUAAAAGAGUCACAAUUUCUUUUUUCUGUAGCUGAACUAUGUGAUAAUGAUCUCUUUCCUGGUACCUAUGAUGAAACAUCUGUAUAUUCUGAGAUAAUGACUGCUAAUACAACAACACCUAUAAAAAAUGACGAAUCAAAGGUUAGAUGUGUACCACAGAAAGGUUGUUGGCAAGGUGGUGAUGAUAUUUUAAUGGUUAUUCCAAAACUUGAUAAGAGAAAAGUAUGUCACGUAUAUUUUGAAUGUUCGUCAUCAAAUACAAAAAGUCAGAUUCCUUUCGAAUUUGUGGAUAUGAAAACAAUUGCAUUCACAACUCCACCAUGUCCUAUUCAAGCAAUUGGAAAUCAAAACAUAGAACUUCCUCUCGUUGUUAGCCAAAAAGGUGAAGAAAUAGCACGUCUGAAUUUUGUCUAUGAAUCAUGUAAAUAA